AUGCUCAGUGAACCUGCUUCCCCAUAUGCAUUUUGUAAAGAUUUGCAGAACUUAAUCAUUGUAACAGAAGAGCAAAUCAUUUCACCUUUGCGUAAAGAGUUAAAAAGAAGUGAUGAACAUUCAGAAAUUUUAUCACUUGAGAUACAAGACGCUGAGAAUAAAACUUUUGAAUAUUUAGCCAGCAGAUUUCAGCUAUUUGUAAUGCUGACGAAGAUACAGCUAAUGCCAUUCUGCGUGAAUAUCCAAAAUCGGAAGUUUGCUUUCGAUGUCUCGGUAUUAAUGAUGACACUAUACAGGGCCUUCUUCGUAUUCGUGGUAUUGGCUUUCUACAAUUGUUAG